GGGGGAGAAGCCCUAUGCGUGUCCGGAUAUCUUCGUGUACGCCCGGAACGCCGCCCAUAUGACAAGUUGAAAAGAAAUAAAAAAAAAAACCCUCCGUAUGGGUCGCUGCCUCCUCUCUCUGAUGUAUCGCUAUGCUUGCUAGCAACGAAUGUAUGCCCGCUCCCUUUCUUCAGGGGACCAAACCCCUACUACCUGGUCACAGUGUACCAACCCAACCCGUUUUCGUUCCCAAAAGAGAAUGUUGACACAUGCCCAAGCCUAGCCUGA